GCAACAUUGAGUUCUGCGGUGCAUCUUUUUGUGAUUUUACGCUUGUUAAGUUAUUACAAAGUAGAACCUACGUUUACUUUUUUCGUAGCAUUUUAAUAGAUUCCAGACCAUUUUAUAAACAUGCCCGCUACCGUAAAUACCGUUUUGAAAUUCACACGCUUAACCACCAACGCAUUUGCACCCUCGAAAGGGUCUGAAAAAGCAGCCGGAUUUGAUUUAAAAAGUGCAUAUGACUACGUUGUACCAGCUCGGGGUAAGGAGUUAAUAAAGACUGACAUACAGAUAGAAUUACCUUCUGGCUGCUAUGGAAGAGUUGCACCUCGCUCCGGGCUUGCUGUUAAAAACUUUAUUGAUGUUGGAGCUGGUGUUAUAGAUGAAGAUUAUCGUGGGAAUGUUGGUGUAGUAUUGUUCAACCACUCUGACAAUGACUUUGUAGUCAAUAAAGGUGAUAGAAUUGCCCAGCUCAUAUGUGAGAAAAUUUUCUAUCCGGAAAUAGUUGAAGCUAAUUCCCUGUCUGAAACCCAAAGAGCUGACGGAGGUUUUGGAUCAACUGGCACACAAUAAAAUU